GGUAACAGCAUCGCUGUACACUUUGAGUCCUGUAUGGAAAUUUCUUCUGAGAGACGGAUAUUGAGAGAAGUAUAGUGAUUUGUUGCUGAUGAUCCAGUGUUCAGGGGAGGCUGUGGUAACUGUGGUUUGUCCAGGAGAUGCAUGAAGAAGCCUUGGUAUGUUCCUGUACAAAGCCCUUAAACACAGAGAUGAAGAGGAGGACAUCCAGUCCCAGAAACCCUGGAUAGAAAGCACUUUCACCAAGAGGGAAUGUGUGUACAUACUUCCAGUGUCAAAGGACCCCCACAGAUGCCUUCCAGGAUGCCAGAUUUGCCAACAGCUAGUCCGGUGCUGCUGUGGGCGGCUGGUGCGGCAGCAUGUUGGCUUCACAGCCAGCUUGGCCACGAAGUACUCGGAUGUGAAGGUGGGUGAAAACCCCAACCUGUCCAUGCCCGCGGUGGAGGAGUGGUCGGUGGAAAAACACACAGAGGCGAGCCCCACUGACGCCUAUGGUGUCGUCAACUUCCAGGGAGGGUCUCACUCAUACAGAGCCAAGUAUGUGCGUUUGUCCCACGACGCGCGGCCAGAGAGCAUCCUGCGGCUGAUGCUGAAGGAGUGGCAUAUGGAGCUUCCUAAGAUCCUCAUCUCUGUCCAUGGAGGAGUUCAAAACUUUGAGUUGCACCCACGCAUCAAGCAGGUGGUGGGCAAGGGCCUCAUCAAAGCUGCAGUCACCACCGGGGCCUGGAUUCUCACCGGAGGGGUCAACACAGGUGUGGCGAAGCAUGUGGGAGACGCUCUCAAAGAGCACUGUUCAAGAUCAUCAAAAAAAAUUUGCACUAUCGGGAUCGCACCCUGGGGAGUCAUUGAAAACAGGAACGAUCUCAUCGGCAGAGACAUUAUCGCUCCGUAUCAGACGCUGCUGAACCCUCUUAGCAAACUAAACGUUCUCAACAAUCUGCAUUCCCAUUUCCUCCUGGUGGAUGAUGGAACAGUGGGCAAGUACGGUGCAGAGGUCAGUCUGCGGCGGGACCUGGAGAAGCACAUCAACCUCCAAAGAAUACAUGCACGAAUUGGACAGGGUGUUCCUGUUGUGGCCCUGAUCUUUGAGGGGGGUCCCAAUGUGAUCCUGACUGUGCUGGAGUACCUUCAGGAGAGCCCUCCCGUGCCAGUGGUGGUGUGUGAGGGGACCGGCCGUGCUGCUGACAUACUGGCCUACGUCCACAAGCAGACCGAGGAGGGAGGUGGUCUUCCUGAUGGAGUGGAGACUGACAUCAUCGCAACCAUCAAGAAAACCUUCAACUUCAGCCAGGGCGAUGCCAUCCAUCUCUUUCAGACUCUUAUGGAGUGCAUGAAGAGCAAAGAAUUGAUCACUGUGUUUCACAUCAGCUCCGAGGAGCACCAGGAUAUUGACGUAGCCAUUCUGAGGGCUUUACUCCAAGGCACAAACGCGUCUGCUUUCGAUCAGCUGGUCCUGACUCUGGCCUGGGACCGAGUAGACAUUGCCAAGAAUCAUGUGUUUGUGUACGGACAGCAGCUCCUGGUGAGCUCUCUGGAGCAAGCGAUGCUGGAUGCACUCGUGAUGGAUAGGGUGGAUUUUGUCAAGUUGCUCAUAGAAAACGGCGUGAGCAUGCACCGUUUCCUGACAAUCAGUCGGCUGGAGGAGCUCUACAACACGAAACAACCUACCAACAACCCAACUCUCCUCCACUUGGUUAGAGAUGUUAAACAGAGUCAUCUGCCUCCAAACUAUAAGAUCACUUUGAUUGAUGUGGGCCUGGUUAUUGAGUACCUGAUGGGCGGGACUUACAGGUGCAACUACACCAGGAAACGCUUUCGAAUCAUUUACAACAAUCUCCAUGGCAACAAUAGGAGGUCGGGGCGCCACACAGCAGGUCCUGGUUCUCAUUUAAGGAAAAGUCACGAGUCUUUUAGCAUGCAGGCUGACAAGAAGGAGAAGACGAGGCACAACCACUUUAUCAAAACUGCACAGCCGUACAAACCUAAGCUCGAGUCUGCCACUGAGCAGAACAAAAAGAGAAGCAAAGAAGAGAUUGUGGACAUAGAUGACCCAGAGACACGGCGCUUUCCCUACCCUUUCAAUGAGCUGCUGGUGUGGGCUGUGCUGAUGAAGAGACAGAAAAUGUCGCUCUUCUUCUGGCAGCACGGCGAGGAGAACAUGGCAAAGGCCCUGGUGGCCUGUAAGCUUUGCCGAUCUAUGGGCUACGAGGCCAAGAAGAGCGAUGUGGUGGACGACACCUCAGAGGAGCUCAAGGAGUACUCAAAUGAGUUUGGGACGUUAGCAGUGGACCUGUUGGAGCAGUCGUUCAGGCAAGAUGAGACCAUGGCCAUGAAGCUGCUGACCUAUGAGCUGAAGAACUGGAGCAACUCCACCUGUUUGAAGUUGGCUGUCUCCUCCCACCUACGGCCCUUUGUGGCUCAUACCUGCACCCAGAUGCUUCUGUCAGACAUGUGGAUGGGGCGGCUGAACAUGCGCAAGAACUCCUGGUACAAGGUGAUUCUGAGUAUCUUGGUGCCUCCUGCCAUCCUACUGUUGGAGUACAAAUCCAAAGCUGAGAUGGCUCACAUCCCUCAGAGUCAGGACGACCACCAGAUGACCAUGGAAGACAGCGAACACAACUUCCACAACAUAGCUGAAGACAUCCAAAUGGAUGUGUUCAAGGAGGCCAGAUCCCACGACCAUGUGGAGGCAAAGAACGACAUGGAGACACACAUUCGCUCCAGGAAGCUGCCCUUAACCAGGAAAAUUUAUGCUUUCUACCACGCUCCCAUUGUCAAGUUCUGGUCCAACACGCUCUUCUACCUGGGCUUCUUGAUGUUCUACUCGUAUGUGGUCCUUGUAAAAAUGCCCGAAUGGCCUUCUCCUCAGGAGUGGGUGGUCAUCCUCUACAUAUUCACCUCUGCCAUUGAGAAAAUUCGAGAGAUGUUUAUGUCUGAAGCAGGCAAAAUAAGCCAGAAGAUAAAGGUGUGGUUCAGUGACUAUUUCAAUGUGUCCGACUUUCUGGCCAUUGUGACCUUCUUUAUCGGCUUUGGCCUGAGGUUGGGUGGAGGCGAAGCCUUUGUCCCCGGGAGGACGGUGUAUUGUCUCAAUAUCAUCUUCUGGUACGUGCGACUCCUGGAUAUCCUGGCUGUCAAUCAGCAAGCUGGUCCGUACGUCAUGAUGAUUGCUAAAAUGGUGGCCAACAUGUUUUAUAUUGUGGUAAUAAUGGCUAUAGUCCUGCUGAGCUAUGGCGUACCCAGGAAAGCCAUUCUGUACCCACAUGAGGAGCCCAGCUGGACGCUGGCCAAAGAUGUGGUCUUCCAGCCGUACUGGAUGAUGUACGGGGAAGUAUAUGCCUAUGAAAUCGAUGGUAAGGACGAUGAGGAUGGUAGGGGAGAUUAUGAGGUGUGUGCCAAUAACAGUGAUCCCUCAGUAAAGUCGCUGUGUGCGGCAGGAGUGUGGCUGACUCCUCUCCUACAAGCAGUCUACCUCUUUGUACAGUAUAUACUAAUGGUCAACCUCCUCAUCGCCUUCUUUAACAAUGUGUAUAUGCAAGUGAAGUCCAUUUCUAAUCUGGUGUGGAAGUACCAGCGCUACCACUUCAUUAUGGCCUACCAUGAGAAGCCUGUCCUCCCACCCCCCUUCAUCCUCCUCUGCCAUAUCUACUCCCUCUUCUGUAUGUGUAGAAAGAGGAAGAAGGAGAAUACCUACGGACCAAAGCUGUUUCUCACAGAGGAAGACCAAAAGAAGCUUCAUGAUUUUGAGGAGCAGUGUGUGGAGACAUACUUUCAUGAAAAGGAUGAUCAGUUUCACUCGGGGAGUGAGGAGCGCAUACGUCAUACCUCAGAAAGGGUUGAGACCAUGUGUUUGCAGCUGAGGGAGGUUGGGAACAAGGUCAACUUUAUAAAACGCUCUUUGCACACACUGGACUCCCAGAUCGGCCACCUGCAGGACCUCUCUGUUCUGACUGUGGACACUCUAAAGACCCUCACUGCUCAGAGGGCAUCGGAGGCCAGCAAGGUCCACAAUCAGAUCACCCGAGAGCUCAGCCUCUCUAAGAACGUGGUCCCCAGCAUCGCCCCUGUGGCAACAGACACUGGCCCCCACUCCAAAUCGUCCAUGAUAGGCAAACGCAGUGUGGGGGCUUACUUUGGCUCCUCUUUUUCCCAGGCAGGAGCCAACAUUGCAGAUUCUCUUUUUGGGAUUGGUGUAGGGGGAGGGGCUGGGACGGAAAGUAGCCGGAGAGUCGGGCCCAGCCCUGGAGCAGGACUGGGGCUGGACCCCAGCCUGAACCCAGCAUUGAGUCCAGAGAGGAGGGGGUUGUUUGGGCUCGGGCAUCUUGCUGCAGAGGCUGGCUCCUCAGGCAGUGCUGGCUCCAGUUCCUUUGUCCAAAGUGCCAUUUCCCCUCCGGAGCUGCGUCUCCGAGGCCACUCUCUCACCCAGAGUAAGCUGACCCGUCCACUAGAGCCGGGCCUUUCCGACUCCCCAUCCAGCCUGCCCAAUGUGCCCUCCCCCGGAGCCCAGUUCCACAUCAGCAGCACCCCUUCCCAGCCCAGUGGCUCCAGCCACCCAGAACUUACCCUAGCUGGCCUUUACCAGCAGCCCCUCCAGCCAGGCAGCACCACUGUAGAGUUUGGGGCUUUUGUUGGUAAGUAUGAGACUGAGAGUGAAUCUGGUGUUGAGAAGAUAAAAGAGGAGGGUGAAAACUAUGUGUGUGUGUAUCCUACUGUUGUCGUUGUCUCUAAGACUUCAGGCUCUGCUCAGCCUGCCUGCUUGCCUGCUUGCACUGCGAAGCCUGAGAACACACAGGGGUUAGGAAGGGGGGGGAGAGAGGGGGAGGUGAGUUGGGGGUAUGUGAACGAGGCGUUCUGCGACGACGAGGGCAGAUCAGGCUUUCUGAGUAGACAGAGUACAGACACUGAAGUCCCACUACCUCCUGAAGCUGAAUCAUCACUGGGUGACACCCAUGGAAAUAGCAGCCUGCCAGGUUGUGCUCAUGCUCCUGCUGUGGCACCCAGGAGACCACACAGACGAAGGAGCAGGGAAUGGAAUAUGUCGGGACCACCUGCCCCUCCAGCAUCCUGCUAUGAGGGUCAAAGUGGGUCAGAAGUCCCACUUGACAAGAGGAACACAGCAAGAGAGCCGAACAUAAGAGGGCAUAAAGACAGUUUGGACCUCCAGCACUCUACACCCAAAGAGACCUCAAGUAGACAGCAAAGCCCGGCCACAAAGAGCAGAUCGCAGGCUCAGCCUGAAGGUCACGGUCACAUCAGAGCAGUCAACUCUUACGCUGGCUUCACAGAGUUUGACAGAAAGCCGGCUUUUCUCCAUCCGGACUCCACUCUGAUGAAGAAGGACAGGAGCAGAGUGUCAGCUGAAGACAUCCUCAUCCACGAGGACCCCAGGGCUGCAGUACUGGAAAGAGUUCAGGUCAAAUCAGCCCAAGCCAGCAGCCUACGAGCCCCAGGGGAAGAUACACUAAAUGCCGCAGUUUCUCUCUACACGCCACGACACACCCACCUCGGAACCAGAAAGGACUUAGUACAGAGACAUCUACUGGUGGAUGCUGGAACAGCUCAGGCUAUUGGCUCACCUUUCAAGCCCAUGGAAAGCUACCAGUACUCAGCUGUGGAGCGCAACAACUUGAUGAGGCUGUCCCAGAGUAUCCCCUUCACCCCUGUACCCCCUAGAGGGGAGCCGGUGACCGUGUACCGUCUGGAGGAGAGCUCCCCCAACACUAUCAACAACAGCAUGUCUUCCUGGGCCCAGCGGGGCCUCUGUGCCAAAAUAGAGUUUCUCAGCAAGGAGGAGAUGGGCGGAGGACUCAGACGGGCCCUCAAGGUGCUCUGCACUUGGUCAGAGUACGACAUCCUGAAACCAGGACAUCUGUAUAUAGUCAAAUCCUUCCUUCCUGAGGUGGUCCAAACCUGGCAGAGCAUCUACAAGGAGGACACUGUGCUGCACCUUUGUCUCAGGGAAAUUCAACAACAACGAGCUGCUCAGAAGCUGACAUUUGCCUUCAACCAAAUCAGGCCGAAGACCAUUCCUUAUUCACCGAGGUUUCUGGAGGUGUUUCUGCUCUACUGUCACUCUGCCGGACAGUGGUUUGCUAUAGAAGAGUGCAUCACUGGGGAGUUCAGGAAGUUCAACAACAACAACGGAGACGAGAUCGUCCCCACCAACCUCCUGGAGGAAACAAUGCUGGCCUUCAGCCACUGGACCUACGAGUACACCCGCGGAGAGCUGCUGGUGCUCGACCUGCAAGGUGUUGGGGAGAUUCUGACAGAUCCAUCAGUUAUUAAGAGUGGUGAGAAGGGAUCUUAUGAUAUGAUAUUUGGACCUGCCAACCUGGGGGAUGAUGCCAUUAGGAACUUCCGAGCAAAACACCACUGCAACUCCUGCUGUCGGAAACUCAAACUUCCUGAUCUAAAGCGGAAUGACUACACACCAGAUAAGGUGACGUUCCCACAAGAGGACCCUCCCAACCCAGGUGGGGGCGUCAAAGAGUCCCGCCAAUCAGUGAGGCUGAUGCUGUGAUCUGUUCAGCGAGAGAGACAGAGAGCGUGAACGAUCAUGAGGGAACACCGUUCUGAUUGAUUUUAGUCAAAGCCAAGGAGUGGAGAGGCGCACCCAAUCAACUGGAAGAAUCACACUUGUGUUUCCAUGGAAUCCAGUGCAUGCAGACUGUGUUAUGUUUUUGUUGGUCACACCAAAAUGCUGUCGAACACAAUUUCAACCAUGUUAACCUUUUUGUUUUUUAGUACAUAAAUGAGGAAAAAACUUUUUAAAAUAUAUUUUGUACAAGUUUAUGGGGGUGGAAAAAAUAAAUAAUAAAAAAUAUAUAUAUAUACGAACUGGAUAUAUCGACAGGUACAAUAUCAUCGCAGAGGGUGUAUUAUUUAUUAUGAAGUUUGAGAAGUUGCCUUGUUUUAACAAAAAGACAAAAAAAAAUAACAAAUCUAAGUGCAUUGUACAUCUGUUACAGCAGCUUCACAGAAGACAGCCUGCUGAGAUUCAGUCACUGCAACACUGCAGUUUGCCACCGGAUCGUUUUUAUAAAUGUAUAAAGCCUUGUUAUCACAACUUUUUGUCUCUUAGCUAAUGAAAAGAUAUGAAUUUGAAGAUCUUGUAAAAUAUGGGCAUAUUGCAAUGCAACUUUUACAGAACAAUGUAUGUAAUUUCAUUGUAUUGAGUGUGUCCACCAAAAUAUUGCUGAUAGUUUUUAUUGUUACAAAGGUACUAUUGCUAUAUCUUUGUCAUCAACUAUUGUAUGAGCAAAUUACAAUCUAGUGUAUCUCAUAGAUACUGUUAUCUGGCAUGAGCUGAACAGAUUAAAAUAUUUUAUUCAGGGGAACUGACAAACAUAAGGGUAUUACUGUAUACAUUUUGUACUGGAUAUCAUUUUAAACAAAAUAAAAUGUUAAAAAGCUUUA